UAUAUCUCGUUCACUUACCUCAGUGUAAGCUUGCCUUAACCGAGGACAGUCCGUCUCCUCCUUAUAGGAUUUUUAUACGAGAAAAAAUGGAUAAAUAAAUAACACAUUUGCUGAACCAGAUUUGUUUAUAUUGUGUUUGUUAUUGCUUAGUUAUACGACGAGCUCGUUUGUGUUAUGUGAAGAUUAGGGCAAUGAAAACAUAUACUAUUAUUGUGUAUUUAGUUAAUAGAUAGAUGAGUCCAGCCAACAGAAGACCACUGUGCGAGCCGACUGACUUACACCCGGGUGUCACUAUCACAGACAUGGACACUGUACACGAAGAAAAUGAUAACGACAGUGACGAGUCGUCGUACUCUGACCUGGCACAGCUGCGAGAACGCACCCGCGCCAUGCUGGAUACGCCAGCAGAGCCGCUGGUGACGCACGCCCACUCCCAACCCAGCAGCCGCAGGAUGUCCUCCGACAUCGAAGCUAAACUCGCUGCUAAUUUGAAUACCAGACGACCGUCAGCCAUAAUCGCAGCGUUUCGUCGACCGUCGCAAGCGCUGGCACUAUGCGCAGCCACACAACGCAGGUUCCUCUCUGAACUGACUCCUCACUCCAGGACAUCAGUCGCAUCCACCUCACAUGAAACUCCGCCCUCGGCCGCAGAAAUAUUGGGACAUGAAGCUUUGAGCAAAGCGCUCUCGGCUUUGUACGCAAAGUUGCUGGUGGUACUGGGCCUGGCAUUCCCUAUCACUGAAGUCAUCGCCGGUGGUGUACCAGAUGGCUACUACCAGGGAUUCUAUUUAUAUCUGUACUUGGUAUCUCUGAUAUUCGUAGUGUUUCAAUACGUAAACAUAAUGCGUCAAAAGGCUGUCAACCUGAUCAUUCACGACUACGAGGACACGCUUAAAGAUGAGAAGAAUGGAAAACUUACACCUGGACUAAAACCAAAAAUAAAGGAGAGCAUUUCUCGCUACGGCAGUUUUUAUUUGAGGCUCGGUGGAAUUGCGUUCGGAAUCGGUUCUAUGGUGUACAGCGGUUUAGAAUUGGGUGAAUAUUUCGAAAUGACAGAUAAAUGCCGGUCCAUUCUGUCAGUGAUCACGCCGGCAUUACGGAUGGCCCUCACGCUGGCACAAAUGCAGUUCAUGUUCCUCACUAACAAGGACAUAGAAUCCGGCACUUUUAAACUGAUACAGAGAUUUGGUUUUAUGCAUAUGAUAGCCGCGAAUUUAUGCGAAUGGUUAUAUGUGUUAGUAGAGGAAACUAAACACGAAAUACAUCACCUGGAACACACCAUACUUGCUCCUGCUAAUGCUACCCUCCUAGAAAGCGACGGCAUACCAUGCAGAAGGUCCAAUAUUAUGGGUGCACUACUUCAAAAUGCUGCUCCUUUUCUAUUUCCUUGCACGAUAGAGUACUCCCUCAUAUGUGCUGUCAUAUUUUACGAAAUGUGGAAAGAGGUUAAAUGUACUCCAGAAGACUUUGAGAAGAAAUUCAACAUUCCGAAAAAUAAGUCUAGAAAUAAUUCGGUGACACCUGAGAAAAUUUUGCAGCAGUUUGCUGGUAUGUUGGGAGUGAGUUCCCCUCACGGCAGUCGCACGGCGCUCCAUCACUUCUCCGUGGAUUGCUCUCAUGCUCAUCGAGGCCUCUUCGCUGGCAUCUUAAUCAUCGUCUUCACGAUAAUUUCUCUCAUUAUGUUCUUCGUACUCGCCCAUCACCCUGAUACUAUCACUGACGCAAUAUUCGAGGUCAAUAUAUGCGAGUUGAUUUUAUACUCGUUAUCAUUGAUAGCAUCAAUAACAGCUCUAAUACAAAUGAGAGAAUUAGCUUAUAAGAGGAAAUCACAGGCUAUUCUAGGUCUGGACCCUUUUCUACUUAUUCUGGCCCAGUCAGGAAUGUUUGUGUACUGCAUGUUUAGCCUUAUAGGAAGCCAUCACACUCAGAACCAAGCAAACAGUGUGGGUCUCACUGGAUUCUUCUCAGAAUUUUUAUCGCUCAACCAGACGAUACUCCAAACACUGUUCAUAAUAGACGCUUGGUGGCGCCGUAGCACCACGUCGGAACAACGGAGGAAUAAGCCGGGACGACAGCUCGUCACGUUCCUCCUCGUCGCUAAUAUGGCCAUGUGGGCUAUCAACACAUUGGAAAAGAGUCGAGCCGAAUUCCGUCCAGCACACUUGGCGUUCUACGGUCCCUGGGCAUGGACCAUCAUCACCCACGUGUCCAUGCCGCUGGCCAUCUUCUACCGGUUCCACUCCACCAUCUGCCUCUUCGAGAUUUGGAAGAAUUGCUUCAAAAACAAACCUAUUUACUUAAAUGUAUGAACUAAGAAUCUGAAAUGUGUCACGUUACGUCCUAUUAGAUAUAAGCAAAAUGUAAAAUAAACUAGGUAAGUCAAAUAUGAAUAAAAUUUCGUACCUGAAAGUUAUAUUCAUUUUAUGCAAGCAAUAAAAAUAUAUCUUAUUUC